AUGGUUCGACAAAAUUUUGUUGGCAUUGUCGUGGGAACUGCGAUGCAAAAAACCGUUAAGGUUCGAGUGGCAAGGCAGUUUGUUCAUCCCAGAGUUCGAAAGAUCAUAACAAAGCAUAAAAAAUUCUUUGCUCACGACGAAAAAGAAAAUUGUUCGCUGGGUGACGUGGUUAAGAUUGAGGCUUGUAGGCCUUUGAGUAAGAUGAAAAGUUUUACGGUUGUGGAGAUAAUCAGACGGGCGAAGACUUGGGUAGAUCCGGACACCAACGAA